GCCAAAUAUGAAAAUGGCGCCGCCAUCCCGAGUCGUACAGGUGUUCGAAUGUCCGUCCGUGCCGUUCGGCCGGCGGGAAUCUGCCCCGCGAACGAAGAAGAACCAGACAGAAGAGCUGACGCGAAACCAGAAAGUGGACGAGCAGUUCAAGAAGGCUGUGGACGACGUCCGUGGCUACAACAUGAAGAAUGCGACUGGGAAGGAUAAGAAGAAGAAGGAGUUGGAGCGCGUAGUCCGUCUAGGGGGAAAGGACGCCAAGCAAGAGAAAAUGCCAUACAACAUUAUGAUGGCGAUCAAGAAGAAAGGCGCGCAACGACUGGAGUCGCGUGUGGUGGAGGAGAAAGCGUCCGGUGUGGUGCAUGGCAAGAAGCUUCGCGGCAAAGUGUCCCGGCGGCCCAAGUCCGACGCAGGAACCCAGGCCACGAAGGGGCGCCUCAAGAAUGGCGUCUUAUUUGUGGCGAAGAAAGACCGAUGAGAAUCCGACUGGACGUCCCAUCUCGAUCGCACUAAUUCCAUGUAGCUUCGGGAUACUAGCAUUUGUUCUUUAGCGUGGGCGACCAAUUGUGUGUUAGGGCAGCCGACAAUACAGUGGUGGUGUCAGGCACGCAUGUUAUCUCAA